AGACUCUUCCAAUCUUUCUAUCUGUGAUGGCGUUUCGUAACUUUGUCUUUUAAUCUAUCUUUUCUGCAUGUCUUAAUCCGAUAUAGUCGGUGGUGUUAUCAUUGCUUGCUUGCCGCAUGCAUAUAUCAUCUUAACUUUAUCCUUGUACAUAUCUCAUCGCCUUAUUACUUACUAUACUGUACUACUGCUCAGGAAUGUCAGAGCCCUUCCACCCCGCGAAAUCACCGGCUCUCCCGGUCGUGGAAUCCUCCACAAACCCCAAGUCCCCUCAAUCCCAGCAGACGAAAGUGCGCCGAUUAAGAGAGACUGUCGAUAGCAACUAUGCCGACAUCAUCUGUAUCAUUCUGUGCUUCGUCACGGGGCUUUGCGACAGCUCCGCAUUCAAUGCGUGGUCAUGCUUCUUAGCUAUGCAAACCGGAAACACCGUCGUCCUCGGCCUCGGCGCCGCCUCCCUCCCCAAGGAUGACAGCGACAGCUGGCUAAAAUCCAUCGUGUCAAUCGCCAGCUUCGUGACCGGCUCAUUCAUAUUCAGCUUCGUCGGACGACACCUCGGUCCCGCCCGUCGCGGCACGCUCUUCGCCUCCUUCAUGGUGCAAGUGAUUCUCAUCGUGAUUGCCGUCUCCCUGAUCCAGUCUGGAAUUGUCGCGGAAUCCGAAGCCGAUGUCAUCUCUGGCCACCACCAUGGCGGCAAGCUCCUUGAGCUGAUUCCUAUUGGCUUGCUGGCGUUCCAGUCCUCCGGGUCUAUUAAUAGUACGCGCUCGUUGGGAUUUAAUGAGAUCCCGAGUGUGGUUAUCACGAGCGUGUAUUUUGAUAUUGCGUCGGAUAAGAAUAUCCUGGCUGUGCAGAAUGUUAAGCGGAAUAGGAGAAUUGCGGGCGUGGUGGCUCUGUUGAUUGGAGCUAUUGUGGGCGGUUGGUUGAAUAGGAGUGCUGGCGGGAUGGCGUCGACCUUUUGGUUGGCGGCUGGGAUUAAGUUCCUUAUUGGGUUGGGGUGGUUGGUUUGGAUGCCUGUUAGGAACUAGUAGGUUGUUGGACGGGGUGGGUUGGGGGAGUGGUGCGAUCACUUGGGAUAUGGUGGUUAGUGAGGUAUGUGGUGUGUGUAUGUAGGGAGGGAGUGCGAUUGUAUAGUAUUUUGUUUAGGGGGCGUUGUUGUAUAGAUGGAUGGGUAGACUUGGGUUCGCGAAAAAUAG